GCCGCCCGCCCGGCCCCGGCCCGCGGCCCCACGCCGCGCAGGACGGCAUGGCCGCGGCCAGCUUCGGCAAGAUCCAGAUCGGCAUCUACGUGGAGAUCACGCGCAGCGAUGGCCGAAUACAUCAAGCUAUGGUAACAUCUUUGAAUGAAGAUAAUGAAAGUGUAACUGUUGAGUGGAUAGAAAAUGGAGAUACGAAAGGCAAAGAGAUUGACUUGGAGAGUAUCUUUUCACUUAACCCUGACCUUGUACCAGAAGAAGAAAUUGAACCCAGUCCAGAAACACCUCCACCUCCAGCAUCCUCAGCCAAAGUAAACAAAAUCGUUAAGAAUCGACGGACUGUGGCUACUGUUAAAAAUGACCCUCCUCCAAGAGAUAAUCGGGAUGUUGAUGCUACAAACCCAAAUUAUGAAAUUAUGUGUAUGAUCAGAGACUUUAGAGGAAGUUUGGAUUAUAGGCCAUUAACAACAGCAGAUCCGAUUGAUGAACAUAGGAUAUGUGUUUGUGUAAGAAAAUGGCCACUCAAUAAAAAAGAAACUCAAAUGAAAGAUCUUGACGUAAUCACAAUUCCUAGUAAAGAUGUUGUGAUGGUACACGAACCUAAACAAAAAGUAGAUUUAACAAGGUACCUAGAAAACCAAACAUUUCGUUUUGAUUAUGCCUUCGAUGACUCAGCUCCUAAUGAAAUGGUUUACAGGUUUACAGCUAGACCUCUAGUGGAAACUAUAUUUGAAAGGGGAAUGGCUACUUGCUUUGCUUAUGGGCAGACUGGAAGUGGAAAAACUCAUACUAUGGGAGGCGACUUUUCAGGAAAGAACCAAGAUUGCUCUAAAGGAAUUUAUGCAUUAGCAGCUCGAGAUGUUUUUUUAAUGCUAAAGAAGCCAAACUAUAAGAAGUUAGAACUUCAAGUAUAUGCAACCUUUUUUGAAAUUUAUAGUGGAAAGGUGUUUGACUUACUAAACAGAAAAACAAAAUUAAGAGUCCUUGAAGAUGGAAAACAGCAGGUUCAAGUGGUGGGAUUGCAGGAACGGGAAGUUAAAUGUGUUGAAGAUGUCCUCAAACUCAUUGACAUAGGCAACAGUUGCAGAACAUCUGGUCAAACAUCUGCAAAUGCACAUUCAUCUCGGAGCCAUGCAGUUUUUCAAAUUAUUCUCAGGAGGAAAGGAAAACUACAUGGCAAAUUUUCUCUCAUUGACUUGGCUGGAAAUGAAAGAGGAGCUGAUACUUCCAGUGCAGACAGGCAAACUAGACUUGAAGGUGCUGAAAUUAAUAAAAGCCUUUUAGCACUCAAGGAGUGCAUCAGAGCCUUAGGUAGAAACAAACCUCAUACUCCUUUUCGAGCGAGUAAACUCACUCAGGUGUUAAGAGAUUCAUUCAUAGGUGAAAACUCUCGUACCUGCAUGAUUGCCACAAUCUCUCCAGGAAUGGCAUCCUGUGAAAAUACUCUUAAUACAUUAAGAUAUGCAAAUAGGGUGAAAGAAUUGACUGUGGAUCCAUCAGCUGCUGGCGAUGUUCGUCCAAUAAUGCACCAUCCACCAAGUCAAAUUGAUGACUUAGAGGCACAAUGGGGUGUUGGCAGUUCCCCUCAGAGAGAUGAUCUAAAACUUCUUUGUGAACAAAAUGAAGAAGAAGUUUCUCCACAAUUGUUUACUUUCCAUGAAGCUGUGUCACAAAUGGUAGAAAUGGAAGAACAAGUUGUAGAAGAUCACAGGGCCGUGUUCCAGGAAUCCAUUCGAUGGUUAGAAGAUGAAAAAGCACUCCUAGAGAUGACUGAAGAAGUAGACUAUGAUGUCGAUUCAUAUGCUACACAACUUGAAGCUAUUCUUGAGCAAAAAAUAGAUAUUUUAACUGAGCUACGGGAUAAAGUGAAGUCUUUCCGAGCAGCUCUACAAGAAGAAGAGCAAGCUAGCAAGCAGAUCAACCCGAAGAGACCCCGUGCCCUUUAAGUUGGCAUUUGCUGUCAAAAGAUCCCCAGACCCCACAGUUGUUCAUGUACC